ACCGCAGGGGCGUGGUCCAAGGUAGGAGACCUGAGCCUUGGCACUGGAGUUUGCAGACUCCGCGGUAGGUUUCCAGUCUGGUCGGUCGAUUUCCGCUAUGGGCCUGGAGCUGUACCUGGACCUGCUGUCCCAGCCCUGCCGCGCCGUUUACAUCUUCGCCAAGAAGAACGGCAUUCCCUUCGAGCUGCACACCGUGGAUCUGAUCAAAGGGGCCCUUCCAGUCUGCCAUCCAAGAGUGCAGACUGAUGGGACAAAGAGCUGUGAAACUGGGUUCUUAGCAUUGCAAGGAGGGGCACAGGCCAUGGAGGGCUCAGCAUUCUCCUCCCACCACCUACCAUGCUGGACUCUUCCAGGUCAGCACCUCAGCGAUGCCUUUGCCCAGGUGAACCCCCUGAAGAAGGUGCCAGUCUUGAAGGACGGGGACUUCAUCUUGAGAGAGAGUGUGGCCAUCCUGCUCUACCUGACACACAAAUAUAAGGUCCCUGACUACUGGUACCCUCAGGACCUUCAGGCCCGAGCGCGCGUGGAUGAGUACCUGGCAUGGCAGCACACGACUCUGCGGAGGAGCUGCCUCCGGGCUUUGUGGCAUAAGGUGAUGUUCCCUGUUUUCCUGGGUGAGCCAGUGUCUCCGCAAACCCUGGCAGCCACCCUGGCGGAGUUGGACGUGAACCUGCAGUUGCUUGAGGACGAGUUCCUCCAGAACAAGGCCUUCCUCGCCGGGCCUCACAUCUCCUUAGCUGACCUGGUAGCCAUCACGGAGCUGAUGCAUCCCGUAGGUGCUGGCUGCCAAGUCUUUGAAGGCCGACCCAAGCUAGCCGCUUGGCGGAAUCGUGUGGAGGCAGCAGUGGGGGAGGACCUCUUCCGGGAGGCCCAUGAGAUCAUUCUGAAGGCCAAGGACUGCCCACCUGCAGACCCCACCACAAAGCAGAAGCUGAUGCCCAGGAUACUGGCCAUUAUCUAGUGAGCUGGGAAACCUCACCCCUGCACUGCCCUCAGCAGUUCACAAAGCACUUUCACUUUCUUUUCUUUCUUUCUUUCUUUCUUUCUUUCUUUCUU